AUGCCUAACUUGCUGAUAAACAAAAAGACUAAGGACCAGAUUUGUGUUCUUUUGAAUAAGACUAUGAUCAUCAUACAAGAACAGCAAAAGCUAACAGACCUACAGGUAUCACCAGUGACUAAAGAAGAAAAAACUUUGGAAAAGCAAUUAAAAUCUUCCAUGCCAAACUCAUGA